AUGCGUGCUCCCCUUAUAGUGAUAGAAGGGUUGGAUCGAACGGGUAAAACAACCCAAACUUUGCGUCUCCUUUCUCAUUUGAAUAAUGAAGGUAUCAAGAACCAUUUGAUCAAGUUCCCAGAGAGGACUACACCUAUAGGUGAACUUAUCAACCAAUAUCUUACAAACAAACGAUUGGAACUCUCAGAUCAGUCGGCUCAUCUACUUUUUAGUGCCAAUAGAUGGGAAUUUCAAAGUGAAAUCGUGGAUCUAUUAAUAAAAAAUCAAACGGUGGUGGUGUUGGACAGAUAUGUAUAUUCUGGAGUUGCAUAUUCCAGUGCUAAAGGUCUGGACUUUCAGUGGUGUUUGAGUCCGGAUAUUGGGAUGCCCAAGCCCGACGCGGUUAUUUUCCUCCAGUCUAGAGAUUCUACGGCGACAGCGAAAAGGGAAGGAUUUGGCAAAGAACGAUAUGAGAUCGAGUCGUUUCAAAAUAAGGUGAGAGCCCAGUUUGAAAAGUUCGAGAAAGAUUCCAACUGGCACAAUAUCUAUGUCGAUGGUAAAAGCAUUGAACAGGUGGAAAGAGAGAUCUGGGAAGUUGCUGAACAGUAUAUUACAGGAGUACAGGAUAAAUUAGAUAGAUUUCAAAGGAAACAAUAA